AUGAACCAUCGUGAAUGAAUCAAGUUACGAGUAUAUUGAUAUUGAGCUCCACUUAGACACAGACUGACCUCGAGCUCGGCUCGAGUUGAGGAAUCAAGCCUCAGCUCGGCUGGUUGGAUUACUCCCCACCGCGUGGUGAAAAAAAGAUGACGGUGGAGAGGAGAUCCAUCGAAUUCUUCGCAGAGAAGAACAAAAUGUCGUGGAGAUGGUUAGAAGCAGCUCUACCACUCGGAAUCAUAGCAGGAAUGCUCUGUGUGAUGGGUAAUGCGCAGUAUUACAUCCACAAAGCCGCUCAUGGUCGGCCGAAGCACGUCUGUAACGAUAUGUGGGACGUUGCAAUGGAGAGAAGGGACAAGAAACUUAUGGAGAAUCAAUCCACCCCUUCUCCAAAUUAGGGUUUUUCUCUCUGGUACUUUAUCCUUCCAUUAUAAGGCAUAUGGUGGACAUUCACCUUUUGUUGGUAUUUUGUAUUACUGUUGCUGCCUAGGUUUUUCGCUUUGUUGCUUGCUGAUAAGGUUGUAAUUGAUUAAAUGCUUUUGUCUACAGUGUUUGGUUGACCUUCUAUGAAACCCAUAACUUAGAUGCACAAACUAUAUGGUAAUAAAAUCGAAUGUUGAUUGUCCAAGUCAACUUCAUUUA